AUGUCUUCGUUGGUAUCGCUGGCAGAGGAACUGCUAGCUCAGGCAAAAGAAGUUGAGCAACUGCUUGAGCAAAAUAAUCUUCCACCUACGUCCUUCGACAAAGACACUCUCGAGUUACUGCCGGAUGGUGCUCAAAAGCUACGAUGGGAUCUUCUUGAUACAAGUCACACAAUUACGCAACUCCUCAGAGGUGCUAGGCUCUCCGGAUUGGAUAUAGCUUUUGGGUGGACGGACCAACUCAUCUUGCGAAUAAUAUGGCGAUACAGGCUGGCAUCUGCCAUACCCCUCGAUGGGACGGCGACCUACGAUGAGAUUUCGGCUACCAGCGGGCUGGGCAGAUCUCUCGUUACUCGAACAAUUCGAUCAGCCAUGACAUUGAACAUAUUCGACGAACCAGUGCCGGGUCAGAUUUGCCAUACUGCCAUAUCCAGGCUGCUAGCCGCAGACGAUGGCUACUACAGCGCUAUAGGUCUUCAGCUCGAGGAUAUUGGUCCCGCGAGUUUGAAGCUGAUUGAGGCCUGGCAAAAAUUUGGCGACGACGCUGGAGAGCCUGAUCAGAGUGCCUUCAGUCUGCAGAAUGGCGGGCGAUCACUCUUCACCGUUUUGGCUGAAGAGCCGGAACGCGCCAAUCGCUUCGACGGGGCGAUGAAGUAUUGCGUCGAAGAUAAAGACUUCAAUUUCUUCGACAUCAUCAACGGAUUCGACUGGUCAACGCUGGAUAGACCUGGGGCCCGACUGGUCGAUCUUGGUGGUGGAUAUGGGCAGAUUUCCCAAGCCCUGGCCAAGCAGACUCAAAAUCUGUCCUUUACCAUUCAUGAUCUUCCUCAUGUUGUAGAAAAGGGUCGAAAAUUGCUCCCAGCCGAGCUCAACGAACGGAUUUCUUUCCAGGAGCAAAACUUUAUGGAGCCUCAACAGUCAGAAAACCCGCCAGACGCAUACUUAAUCAGCCGAUGUCUUCAUAACUGGAGUGACCAUCACAGCGCCAUCAUUCUUCGUGCUCUUAUUCCAGCGUUGCGAAAAGGCUCCAAGAUCCUUAUCUGGGACUCAGUCUUGGAGGACAGGCCAGUGAAGAAAUUAUCCGGCAAGUUCAAUUUCCAACAGGACUUUAUCAUGGCAACAAUCUCCAAUGGAAAAGAUAGAUCAGCAGACGAGUUUAGACGCGUCUUGGAGUUAAGCGAUUCACGGUUCACGAUGGAAGGCGUACGAAGACCAGAGGGUUGUAAGCUCGCAAUGGUCGAAGUAACAUGGAACCCUUGA